GGGGGGAGAAGAAGAUUAAAAGAAGCACCCACCCCUACAGCACAAGUUAGCUGACAUGGGACAAAAAAAUGAUUCAUUUUCCAUUUAGAAAUCCCCUGCUUCUCUGGUAUAAGACAAAUCCACUUGCAAAUAUGCUGAUUUAUUAAUGGCUUAAGGACAUAAAUUUAAGAUCUCUAUCCUGGUCAUAGUGGGCCAGUGUGCUGCUCUGUUCCCAAAAAAAAGAGCAUUGCAAGAACCAGCUUCACUGUGAGGAACCUCCAAGGGAAGAUCAACCAGUACCCCAGACUUUUGCAAAGGGGAUCUUCUGCGCAAGCUAUUGCAGAGGUCCCUCAGAGGAUGUCUGCAGGGCCACUGUCUGCAUGGAAGAGGGGAGACAGACCUCCAAAGAGGUCCAACCAACAAGCACCCAUGAGCAACAAGCUAAUUGAGAGCUAAAACCUUAAAUGAGAAGAGGAUCCCAUUAUGAGGAAGGAACCAAAUCCGUGGCCAUAAGUGCACAAGUAAAAUGCAUUGGGCAAAGGCAAAGCCGAGGGAGGGGGCAGGGUAAAGAUUUGUCACCAGAUUAGGUUCAGGUAUCUACAAUAUUAGCAUCCCAAUAUAAAUCAGAUGCCUAAGUUCACAUCAGUCAAUGGAGAAUUAGUAAGUGCAGUCUGUGCUGUCUGGGAGUCACCCAGCCCACUCCAAACCAGACAACUGGUUUUGGAAAGCUAAUAACUCUCUGAAAUCUACUAACUGUGUCAGUCCAUCUCCACUAGCUACAGUCCAACCUUAGGUAUUUAUUUCACAUAGAGACAAAACCCAAAACAUUAUCAUACAGCUUUCCACCAUAUGGCUUGCCUACACUUAACAAUAAUGAUACCUUAUUCCCCUCAUCAUAUUUUUCCUUCAGUAGACUGCAAAAUUGUUUCACAUAGGAGGCCGUCAUCGUUAGGCUCAUUGUACGAUGGUAAGCAAAGAUAAGUGGAAAGCCCCUGACAAGGCCACACAGUCAGAAGGGCAGAGGAGGAAAGGGAAUCCAGAUCUCUUGAAGUCUUGUGGCAUAGGGGUAUUGCCACAUUUGUUUUCACUUGUGCUGUUGCACUCUGAUCCCCCUUGACUGCCCUUUGCUGCCAUAACAUAAGUGUUACAGAAGUUAACAAUUAUACUAAUGGUAAACAAACUCACGAGAAACCUCUGAGGGUCAAAACAAGAACACCUGUAUUAUAAAAAGUUCAUGGAACACAACACUGCAACUGUUUUAAUUGACUGUCUGUAAAAAAUUGAAGGACAAAGAUGUUAAAAUAAUUCAUUUUUAAAAUAAAAAAAAAAACCCACAGCCUCCCUGCCUCAUCAGUGCUGAAAUAACCCAAACUCUGUCAGAGCUAUUGGAGGAAUAAAGCUGCUUAAUGACUGCAUCUGCUGCAAAGCAGUGUGUCAGUGCUCUGUGCCAAGAGACUGUUCAAUCAACACGAAUCAGAGAGAAGUCCUUUAAAGUUACCUGACUCAUUAGAUGCUGAUGUCGGUCUCACCUUGGGAUGGGACAAGAGACUUGCGACAGAGGUGCUGCCAUCUCGCAGUCCUGCCUGAAACCUGGUCAAAUUGUAUUUACAUGUGGAGAAAAGAGACCUACAGGCUUGCAGGGACAGAAUCAUGGAGUGGUUUGAGUUGGAAGGGACCUUAAAGAUCAUCCAGUUCCAACCCCCCCAUCAUGGGCAGGGACACCUCUCUCUGGAUCAGGUUGCUCAGAGUGUCAGCCAACCUGGCCUUGAACACCUCCAGGGAUGGGACAGCCACAGCUUCCCUGUGCAACCUGCCUCACCAUUCUCAUAGGAAAAAAAUUUCUUCCUAAUAUCUCAUCUAAAUCUCCCCUCUUUCAGCUUAAAACCAUUCCCCCUCAUCCUAUCCCUGCACUCCCUGAUAAAGAGUCCCUCUGGAGCUUUGCUGUAGGCCCCCUUUAAGUACUGCAAGGCUCCCCGGAGCCUUCUCUUCUUUAGGUUGAACAACCCCAACUCUCUUAGACUGUCUUCAUAUAGGAGGUGCUUCAGCCCCCUGAUCAUCUUCAUGGGUAACCUUCUUAUGUUGGUUAUUGCAGAACUGAACACAGGACUCUAGAUGGGUUCUCAUGAGAGCAGAGUAAAGGGGCAGAAUCACCUCCCUCAACCUGCUGGUCCCACUGUUUUUGAGUAGCAUCAAGCACCUUUGUGCAGGAUUAAGCACCUUUCACUGAAGCAGUGGGGAGGCCUGCUACCUGUUUCAAAGAUGCUCUGAGUGACAUUUCAGACCAAGUUGUCACUAGCACGUGACACACAUUAACCUGACCUCUUCCUCCCAGCACUAAGAGGAAGAAGGGAAAAUGCAGGAGCAGCACAGCUGGUGGGUACAAAUCCAUUCUGGCUGCAAUUCACUCCAACAAAUAGGUGUCCAAAUGGGUCUUCAACCACAGUCACUUCUGAUGUUCAGAGCUAAAUAAGAGAAAAGCCAACUGCAUCAAAGCCCUACUGUCUAUAUCAGCCUUCGUCCUCACAAAAUGGUUUAUCUUUCUGAAGUAGUCUCCUGGAUGCUCCCUCUCCCAACUGCUUAACAUUUGUCCAUGGAUGUACAGGCUUUCCAGCUGAUCAUUCCAGGUCUCCCCCGAGACCUGCUGCUUUCUCAUGCCCUAUAUCCACGCUUUCUGUUUUCAAGAGGCUUUGCAAGUGUUAGCAAUCCACCGGGGCAAAACUGUUAGUCAGAGAGAAAUAAGCACAGAAAUUUUAGCAGUGGGGCUCCAGGAAAUAGACUUUUACAGGUCUGACCCAGGCUUUGUCCGUGAGAGAUUUCCAUCAUGUAGGAUUGACCCACUCAGUGCCAGAUGAUGAAGGCAGUCAUAAGAACAAUGUCUUUCUAUGAGAAAUGUCACCUUAGGGUGACAGAGUUUAUGAGGGACUGAAGCUUUUCCAGAAGCUUCAGAAGAACCUGUCUGGUGAUGUUAGGAAGAACAGACUCUGGAAGUCAUAUCUGUGUUAGUGUUUGAGACCGCAGGAAUGUCUGGGUCACCCUCAAGGUGUUUUCAUAGUACAAAAUCUGACCUCUUUGCCACAGGAGAUGGGCAGGGAAGACCACGAGCCACGCACAACUGGGUAAGCUUGAAGACUUCAGGAUAUUGUAAAAGGCAUCUAUUCCCUGUCCAGCAGGACAGGGUCAAAAUGUCUCUGACACAGCAGAUCUCCUUGGCCAAAACACCCCACAUAACAAGCAGAGAUAGAUUUAGAGUAAAAGGAACCUCUGGAGGUUGCUUAGCUCAUUUGCCUGUUCAAGACGCGUCUCUGAAUAAUAGCAAGUCCUCUUGUCCAAGGAUGUGGAUCCAGAGAUCAGUGAUAUGUUUGGCUGUGUGGUAGAUGAACACAACACAUGCACAUUGCUGGUGCAAAUUUACACAACUCUAUUUACACCUCUCUUCCUUUACUCCCAAUAGCAUUACUCAACAUGAGCUCCCUCUCCCACCCCAGGUUAGACAGGUAGUAUUUUAAGAUCCUGAUCUCAGCUCCUCUUCCCACUUCUGUGACCAUACCACUGCCAUGCUGGUGAAACAGGAACCCAGAUUUGUGCGAUCUUUCAGUAACUUUCCUGGAGGCUCAAACAUGUUAUCUUUUCUGAAAGUGAAGGACAAAGAAUUUGAGAGGAGAUGUGAAGUGAGCAGGUCAGUGUCCAGUGGUCUGUUCUUAUCACUUUGGUGAAAGCAAUCAGGUGAGCUUUGCCAAAUUACACACCAAAUUUCAUAUACUGAGGCAACCCAGCUUUUCAGUUUCCAUGGAUAAAGAUACAAACCAUACAGUGAGUUGGCCCAGAGAACAGUUCAGACAUAGAUUAGAAAUCAAGUCAACUUGCUUUUCAAGUGACAACGAAACCUCAGGCAAAAUCAAACUGGUGUCGUUUCUUAUCCUCAAUUCUCAUGUGUUCUGUAUGUCUAUGUGCAUAGCAGGCUAUGUUUUUCUUAAGUGUACUUUCUAAGCCAAAUCUGGUUUAGGAUUCUCCCCAAGUCACCCUAGUUUUAUGAUCAACCAGGGUUUCUACACGGGGCAAAUGAAUACUGGCAGCUUGGGACACAGCUGUCAAGACCAAGUCUACUUGAGCGCCAGCCAUGAUUUCUGGUCAGGAGGAGAAGUGCUUUUCUUCUUCUCUUUCGUGUAGUCUCCACAAUGGGCUAUAUAUCCAUUAAGCAAUGAAUGAGAGCAGCAAAUUUACCUUUUGCUUCACUAUACUUAGGAAUAUUAGCUCUCAUUUGCAUAGUCACAAGUUCAUGUCUAGUGCAAAAACCUUGCACUGCAGCACAGUUGUCUUCAGGAGGCCUGGGGAAACACAUUGAACUGGGACAAGAAAAGCUCUGUCCCCAAGAGUGGCAGAGCUGUAGCACCUUUGUUCUAGCCCCAAGAACAGGGAGGGAAUAGUCGGUGACAAAGUACAUCCUGGAGGACUGCAGUAUAUCAUCAUAAUGGAUGAACGUGUAGAUACAAGCGCUCAUUUUAUCACAUCCGAUUAGGGCUUUAGUGCUCACAUAGUUUAAACAUUAAUAUUUGCCUAUAUAAGCUAUGUGCCCUAGCGUAGCCUGGCCAUAGAGGUAGCCACCAUGACUGAGACUGGAGAUUUUAUAAGUGCUCUGGGAGAGUUUGGGCUCUAUCAGAAAUUGCUGGUACUGCUCCUCUCCCUCCCGCUGCUUCUUAAUCCUUUCCAAAUGAUUGGCCAAGUGUUCAUGGUGGUAGAGGAGCCUCAUUACUGCAACACCAGCUGGAUCCGUGCCAUUGCCCCCAACCUGACGGAGGAAGAGCAGCUGAACCUCACCCUGCCACGAGACGCGGAUGGGGAGUACGAGCAGUGCCUCAUGUACUCACCGGUGGACUGGGACCUUGACUCCAUCAUGGCAUACGGUUUGAAUGACACAGAGAAAUGCAGCAGUGGUUGGGUGUACCCCUCAGCACAACCACCGUCCCUGCUGAAUGAGUUUGACCUGGUGUGUGAUAAGAAGGACUUGAGUGACAUCUCCCAGUCCGUCUACAUGGUGGGACUUCUCCUAGGAGCCAUGCUCUUUGGGCCACUAAGUGACAGGAUUGGCCGUCGGCCUGUCUUUUUGAUGGUCAUCUUCCUUCAGGGUUUGUUUGGUGUAGCAACUGCUUUUGUGCCUCAUGUCUACGUGUACAUGGCCUUCAGAUGUGUUGUAGGGGCUGCAGUGUCAGGAGUACAGAUUACUGAUUUGGCCUUGGCUACAGAAUGGGUCGGUGUUAACUCCCGGCCAAAGGCAGUGCUUAUUUCUCACUGCUGUCUUGCCAUCGGACAGAUGAUUUUAGCUGGCUUGAGUUAUGGUAUUCGCAACUGGAGGCUGCUGGAGAUCGCAGGAUCUGCUCCAAUGUUUGCCCUUUUCUUCUACAUCUGGGUGUUACCAGAAUCAGCUCGCUGGCUGGUGACAAAAGGCAGAAUAGAAGAAGCUAAGAAAGUCCUUCAGAAAGCAGCAUCCGUCAACAAGUGCACCAUUCCACCAGGACUCCUUGAGCAGAUGAAUCCUGAGAAACAGACCAAGUCUGGAAACAUCCUGGAUCUCUUUCGGAAGAAGCACCUCCGGAAAGUGACUUUAGUCAUGUCAUGUACCUGGUUUGCAGACAGCAUUGUCUACUAUGGACUGAGCCUCAGCGUGUCGAGUUUUGGUCUGAAUAUCUACUUGAUGCAGCUUAUCUUUGGGACGGUAGAGUUACCAGCUCGAAUUUCCUGCAUUUUCCUCCUGCAGUGGUUUGGGAGGAAGAAAACCCAGGCUGUUCUCCUGCUGCUGUCUGGCCUGAUGUGUCUCAUCAUCACUGGCAUCCCUGAAGACCAACCUGUGGUGACAACUGUCCUGGCUAUCAUUGGCAAGUUUACUGCCACAGCCUCCUUCUCCACCUCCUAUGUCUACUCUGCAGAGCUCUUCCCCACGGUUGUCAGGCAGACCGGCGUGGGGAUAUGCUCAAUGUCAGCGCGGAUUGCAGGGAUCAUGGCCCCGCUGAUACUCCUCCUGGAACAGUAUCAUCAGGCCAUCCCCAUGGCCAUCUUUGGGAGCGCUCCUGUUGUGGUGGGGCUGCUCUGCUUCCUGCUGCCCGAGACCCGCGGUGUCGACCUGGCAGAUGACACGGGGGCAGCCAACACCGAGCUGAGUAGCAGAAGACUGGAUAUUUUGUCUGAGAAAGACACCGUAGAGGAGGGAGUACACUUGGAGAAGGCUGUCUACAGAUCUUCAGAGAGCAAGUGACAGGCACUACUAAGGGUCUAGUCUGAUCCAGUCUUUCUUGAAGCAGACCAAUGAGGCAUUGCUGGCUGGAAACUGGUCUUUCAGAUCAUCAACAAAACAUUCGUGCUCAGAGGGAAAGGAGAUCUGUGUCACUCUGCCUUUGGCAAAGAUGCACUUUGAACUGUUCCUGAGAGCCAGUCUGUUUCUGCCUGGCUGUGCGAGUCCUCCCAAUGUGUUUUCCAGUCCUCUGCAAACUGGUACCCGUGGAACCAUCCCUCUCGUGUUUUACAGCAAUAAAGAAUCACCAGUAGCGUGGCAGUACUGGGCAAGCGGGCGCUGGGCUCUGUCCCUCCUGCACUAAUUGCUUGGGUCGUCGGCUUUCUCCUCGGUCCAAGCCUCAGCGUUUGAUUGGGAUGUCACUGAAACCCUGUCACACACGUAUUCAGCUUUCAUUUCUAUGUGGUGUGGAAUUUUCAGUUUCUAUUUGAGUAAUAUAAAUUAUACUCUGAGUUUGAUAAGAGACACUUG